GCUCAUCAGACGAAGUAUAUGGCUAAGACUGUCUUCUAGAAGCAUAAUGCCCAUAGACCCUGACCUCGUGGACGGGGCCGCGGAAUUUUUUCUGCAACCCAAGCAUCCAACAUUGUUCCGAAGGUGAAAAUGCCUGCUCUGGCUCCUGCUGUUGCAAAAAAUAAAUAGCCUUCCCGGUCAUGUACAGAAUCCUGUGUUACUAUUCCCCAGACCUUACACACUUGAUUUAUAGAUAUCCCAAUGGCGACAAUUACCGCAGCGGCUCCUCAACCAACUGGGGAGGUUCUCCCUGUCGUGGAGAGGGAGAUGGAAAAGUAUGCUCAAGAUCCUCAGAAUGUUCAUGAGGUAUCAGACGACCUUAAAUCCGACUCGGAUUCGAGCUCUCAGCUCAAACAAGAUGGGGUGAAGAGAGUCGAAGUCAUCACCACCGUCUGGUCUAAGCAGGUGUUGAUGCUCAUGUUUGUCCUGCUAUAUCUCGUCAGCUUCAGCGAUCAGCUGCUCCAGUCAGUGCAAGGCAACCUCACCCCGUACGUGACCUCGGCAUUUUCCGAACACGGACUUCUCUCAACCGUCAGCAUCGUCGCUACCAUUCUUGGCGGUGUUGCAAAUCUCACCAUCGCAAAAAUCAUCGAUAUUUGGGGACGAUGUGAAGGCUUCCUCGUCAUGCUUCUGUUCAUGGUGAUCGGCAUGAUCAUGAAAGCAACUUGCCAGAAUGUGGAAACAUAUGCCGCUGCUCACACUUUCUACUGGGUUGGUCAUAUCGGACUCGGUUAUGUCAUCAACGUGAUGCUGGCCGACAUGACAACUCUCAAGAACCGGAUGAUCAUUUUCUCUAUCAAUUCCACUCCGCUUUUGGCCACCAACUUUGCUGGCCCCAGAAUUGCAGACCUUUUCUAUACCCAUGUGAACUUCAGAUGGGCAUUCGGCGCAUUUUGCUUUAUUCUGGUCGGGUUCUGCACUCCAAUCGUCGUCGUUUUCUUCCUCAGUCAGCGUAAGGCAAAUAGAUUGGGGAUCGCGCCUGAAAGGGUCAAGUCUCGAACCAUCGGGGAGUCUUUGCGGUAUUAUUUUGUCCAAUUUGAUGUUGUAGGAAUCUUUCUCACCACAGCCGGGUGGUCACUUCUCCUCCUUCCGUUCAGCCUUGCCAAUACCGCUCCGAAUGGCUGGAAGACUGGAUAUGUGAUCGCCAUGAUCGUGCUUGGAGUGGCGUGUCUCGCUGCCUUCGUUGUCUGGGAACGCUACUUUGCCUCUGUGGCCUACUUCCCAUUCAGAUUGCUCAAAGACCCAACAAUUCUUGGAGCCUCCUUGCUCUAUGGGAUAAUGUUCAUUUCAAUCUACUGCUGGGACGCAUAUUAUUCCUCCUACCUUCAAGUCGUACACAAUCUGAAUAUUACCAAUUCAGGCUAUGUGCUAAACUCAUUUUCGCUGAUGUCUUCUUUCAUCGGUCCAUUUAUUGGAUUCCUUAUCCGCUACACCGGUCGCUACAAGUGGAUUUCGUACUCAGGUAUUCCAUUCUGCGUCCUGGGCACUGCACUACUCAUCCACUUCCGUCAACCACAUUCUCACGUUGGAUAUCUCGUCAUGUGUCAAUUGUUCAACGGUAUUUCCAGCGGCAUCUGGGCCCUUACGGCUCAGCUUGCCGUCAUGGCCUCGGUCAGUCAUCAAGAAGUCGCCGUUGCUCUUGCCAUGUGGGGCAUGUUUGGCAGUAUCGGCGCCUCAAUUGGUCUCGCCAUUGCGGGAGGUAUCUGGACCAACAUCUUGCCUACUCAGCUCUACAACCAGCUGCCGGAGGGCAGUAAAGAUCUUGCGCCUUCAAUCUACGCUUCACUAGUCACUCAGCUCUCAUACCCAAGAGGAAGUCCCAUUCGUGACGCAAUCAUCGCAGCUUAUGCAGAUGUGCAGAGGAAGAUGGUCAUUGCCGGAGCUUCGUUUAUUCCACUCUUGUUGGUUUGUAUCAUGGUGUGGAGGAAUAUCGACGUCAAGAAAUUGGAGCAAACUCACGGUAAGCAAGCGAAGGGAAAUGUGUGGUGAUCGGAACGAGUUGAGGCUAGAACGACAUAUAGCAAGAGAGAAUCCAACCAUAAUCCAUCCCUAGGUGUGAAUACUUUGGGUCCACCAUCCUUCUACUCUUCUUUACGGAGAAGACAGACGUUACCUUUAUUUGCUGGAAUCUCUCUUUGCUGCAGCAUCUUUGUCUUUGGCGAUACUUUCAAGCUCUUCCCAUCUCCAGACCUCAUUUUCCCUUAGCUUUCCCGGAAAGAAUGUGUCUCUCAUGCUCGCGCCGAUAUGGUGGUACUUUUCUUCCACGGCGAACAGGGUGUCCAUGGCUUUGGUCUUGCCGAUGACCUCCACAAAGGUCAACGGAAUCCCGUAAGCCUGGGGGGAUCGUCUCCAACCGGCGACGAAGAUGUUUUGAAGGAUUCCAAUGCCGCCGACAGCCAGCAAAAACCAAGUAUCUCUAGAAAGGCCGGCAGCGGUGAUCAACACCAGGAUCCAGAGGGCCGCAAGGACGGUGACGGAAACCCUGGUCACCCACGAGGCCGAAACGUCGACGUUGGUCUGACCGGCCGCGAGAUCUUCGAGGUCCAGGCCUUUACCGUCGCCGAGGACGACGAUGGCGUGUUGGCUUCCAUUGCCCCGGGUCAGGAUCACGGUUUUGGUCGAUUUCUCCCGGCACGCCCACUUUUCCUUCUUCCACUGUGGCAGGCAACCAGAGACGAACGAGAGAAGGAUACCCGCCGCGGUUAUCAACAAGAUACCCCAGUCGCCGUGAAUGCCAAAAGGGAUGGCCGCGAUACCCAACUGAACGAAAGCCGUCGCAAAUCCGAGCCAAUACAUGAGAUCAUAGCCCGGGUAUCCCUUGGCUGCUAAUUCGGCCUUGUACACCGACACACAGAGACCGGCUUGGGAUGGUGGUGGUACAUCGUCGCUUCUUGUUCCAGGGCCGCCGCUGGUUUUGGCCUUGGCCUUUCGCUUGUCCUCCUCCCAGCGCUGAUCGAUCAUCUUGGCGAGAUGCACUUUGACGUCCUGGUGAACCCAUGCUUCAAAGUCUCGAACAAUACGGCCGAUGAUCCAACUGGUGUUGUCCCGAACGUAGCCCGACUUGCCAUUGAUCACCUUACAGGCACAAUCGGGAAGUGGCAUCAACUUGUUCUCUCCGAUGGCCGAAACCACCGCGGUGAUGGCGUAUGCUACCCAUCCUGUUGUUGUUUAUUGUCAGUACCCAUAGAGAUUGACAAAUCCUUGGGGUUUGAGAGAUUGAGAUCGAGAUUGGUAGGAAGUGAGUGCAAGUCGGAGGUGUUUUUAUAUAUACCAAAAGAGAAUGCCACGGGGGUUAUGCCAGAGCCAGAAAGUUGUGCCAAGGCACGUAGAACGACAUCACCACCGAGGAUCAACAAGACCGAAAAGACGUCGCCGGGAGUUUUCCAUUGUCUCAAAAACUCUUGGGAUGGGAGAUCUGGGUUGAAGUUGCGUCGGAAGAGGUCUGUAGAUAAUGGUGCCAUUGUGUUUCUACAAAAGGCUCACUCGAAUAAGACCAAACGGUUGAAACAACAAGAGACAAUCACCGUUUCUUUUCAGGGAGUACGGAGUAGA